GGAAAACGAUAUUUCUGCAUUCAUUGCUGCAUGUUGGCUGUCUUCAGCUGACAAAUUGAAAGAUAUUUAUUGUAGUUUUCUCUAACAUCAAUUAUUUGUUAUCUCUCUAUUUCUUCUUCCACACAAAUUUUCAGCCUUUAUUUUUCAAGCUAAAUGUUUUUUGGUUGUAUCAAUUUUUCAUCGAGUGAUAAGAUCCUGCGAAUUUGAAAGGAAAGGAACUUACACUCAUGGAAAAUGAAGGAGAAAGAGAUAAAGAGGAAGCAAACAACUUUAUGGUAUCAUUUUCUGCUCUUCUCAAGGACAUUGCCAACAUUCUGGAUUUCAUGGAGAGGUUAAAGAAUGAAGAAGAUCAAAAUGUUGUCAACGUGGCCGAUCAUACCGAAGGGCUAAAGUUUGUGCUGGCAUUUAUUUGUACGUUCGUCCAGCUCUCUUAUUCCGAGUUGGAGCAGUUUGAAAAUACAAUGAGUGCUUCAAGACAAGAGGUUGAGAAUCUGCUUCGACAAAUUUUGAAUGAUGUUGACAACAACCUCCAGUGUAAAUACAACAUUAAUCAUGUCCUUCCAAGCCUCAUGGAUAAUAUCAGUGAUUGUAUCAGCUCAUGUCAUCGCUCUAAACCAAGUGCCACCAUGAAUGACGAGCAGUUGAACUUCCUACUCCUGAACCUCCAUUAUAUAUCCACGAUCCUUUCUGAACAGGUUUUUCCAUUGGUAACUCAGUAUGAGAUUCUUCAGAAUGUGUGCGGCAACAUGAGAGAUUUCCAUGGGUUGGUAGUGAAUGGUUACGUUGAGCAAGAUUUUGUUAAAUAUGUCUUACCUCAGUUUCCACUCAUGGCUGAGAGAGUUGGGCUCUUCCUUUGGGAUGAUCGACUUGAUGGAGACUCUCGACUCUUCAAGCUAGCACAUCUACUCAUGGAGAUCAUUCCAACUGAAUUGGAGGUGAUGCACAUAUGUUACACAAAUUUAAAAGCUUCAACUUCAGCAGAAGUUGCAUGCUUCAUCAAGCAACUCCUGGAAAUCUCUCCGGGCAUUCUUAGAGAGUAUCUGAUUCAUCUACAAGAGCACAUGGUAACUGUUAUUACCCGUAGCAAUUCAGGGGCUCCAAACAUUCAUGUCAUGAUAGAGUUCCUGUUGAUUAUUCUUACUGAUGUGCCCAAGGACAUUAUUCAUCAUGACAAAUUAUUUGAUCUUUUGGCUCAUGUUGGAGCACUUACCAGGGAAGUAUCAACUCUCGUUCACAACAUAGAAGAGAAAUCAAAGAGUAAAGGGAGUACCAACGGAACAAAUCGUGCAACUCUAGGCUUGUUGAAAAAUAUUGAAUACCUCAAGGUAGAUCUCAAAUAUGUUUAUCUGAAAGCCCCGGAUCCAUGUCAAUGGUGCUUCCCCAUGAGCGAUGGACCACUCUUUAUGCAUCUGCUACACAUACACUUGAAUGAUUUGCUAGAUUCCAAUGCUUAUUCAAUUUCUUUGAUAAAGGAUGAAAUUGAGUUGGUGAAAGAAGACCUAGAAUUCAUAAGAUUGUUCUUCGUGAAUGUUGAUAAAAGAUUGUAUAAAGAUGUAUGGGCACGUGUUUUAGAUGCAGCAUAUGGGGCAAAAGAUGUCAUUGAUUCAAUUAUUGUAAGAGAUAAUGGUCUCUUACAUCUUAUUUUCUCACUUCCCAUUACCAUAAGAAAGAUCAAUCUUAUCAAAGAAGAAGUCUCCAAUUUACCUGAGAAGGCUCCCAAGAACAAGAGCCUCAUUGUUGUUAACUCUCCCAAGAAGCCAGUUGAAAGUAAGUCAUUGACAGUUGGCAAAAUAGUUGUAGGUUUUGAGGAGGAGACACAGUCGAUAAUAAGUAAGCUCACCAGUGUAGAGAAAGAUCUAGAUGUCAUUUCAAUCAUUGGUAUGCCGGGUUCGGGCAAAACUACUUUGGCGUACAAAGUAUACAAUGAUGAGUCCGUUUCUAGACGUUUUGACAUUCGUGCAUGGUGCACAGUUGGCCAAGAAUACGACAAAAGAAAUUUGUUGGAGAAAGUUUAUAAUCAAGUUACUUGCCCUGAUUCAAAAUUGAGUGAGAAUAUUGAUGUUGCUGAUGAGCUAAGGAGACAUCUGAUUGGAAGGAGGUAUCUUAUUGUUUUAGAUGACUUGUGGGAUACUGAUGCAUGGGAUAAGUUAACAAGACCUUUUCCUCUAGUUGAGAAUGGAAGCAGAAUAAUUUUGACAUCUCGAGAUAUGGAAGUGGGUUUGUAUGGAAAGCGCAGCACUGAUCCUCUUAACCUUCGUUUGCUAAGGCCAGAAGAAAGUUGGGAGUUAUUGGAGAAAAGGGCAUUUGGAAACGACUAUUGCCCAGAUGAACUAUUGGAUGUUGGAAAAGAAAUAGCCGAAAAUUGUAAGGGACUUCCUUUGGUGGCUGAUCUGAUUGCGGGAGUCAUUGCAGGGAGGGAAAAGAAAAAAUCUGAGUGGCUUGAAGUUCGAAAUAAUUUGAAUUCUUUUAGUUUGAACAGUGAGGUUGAUGUUAUGAAGGUUAUAGACUCAGAAGUGAUGAAGGUUAUAGAAUUAAGUUAUGACCAUUUACCAUGUCAUCUGAAACCCUGCUUACUUUACCUUGCACGUUUUCCUAAGGACACAACAAUGGAGACAGAUGUGUUGAAAAUGUAUUGGCAUGCCGAAGGACUUGUUGAACAGACAGAGAUGAUGAGUAUGGAAGAAGUGAUGGAGGUGUAUUUGGAUAAUUUAAUUUCCAGUAGCUUCGUGAUACUUUUCAAUGAGAGAGGUAAUCACCCGACUUGCCAACUUCAUGAUCUUGUGCAUUACUUUUGUUUUACAAAAGCAAGAAAGGAAAAUUUGUUUGAGUGGAUAAGUUCAAGUGAUCGCUGCCUUCAACAUUGUUGGAUAAGUUCUUCAGAUUUGAUGCCACAUAUUGUCAACAUUGUUUAUGAUACGGAGAACUUAGAGCUUAACAAUUUCGUCCUAUUCAGUUCAAAAAGGAAACACCUCUAUUCUUUGUUGAUAUCUGGAGACGAGAUGGACGAUCAACUUUAUGAUGUAUAUCACCUAAGAGACUUGAGGCUUCUUAGAGUGUUGCAACUGUUUCCGUCUUUUAUCAUGGUAAAAGAUUCUUUGCUGAAUGAAAUAUGCAUGUUGAAUCAUUUGAGGUACUUAUUCUUUGGAACAGAAGUUAAAUCUCUGCCUUCAUCUUUCUCAAACCUCUGGAAUCUAGAAACCCUGCAUGUGAAUAACAAAGGAUCAACCUUGGUACUAUUACCAAGAAUUUGGGAUCUGGUAAAGUUGCGAGAGCUGUCCGUCACUGCUUGUUCUUUCUUUGAUAUGGAUACAGAUGAACCAAUACUGAUAACAGAGGACACAAAGUUAGAGAACUUGAGAGUAUUAGAGCAACUCUUGCUUUCCUAUUCGAAAGAUACAGAGGAUAUCUUCAAAAGGUUUCCCAAUCUUCAAGUGCUUAAAUUUAGUCUCAAGGAAUCAUGGGAUUAUUCAACACAAAAAUAUUGGUUCCCAAAAUUAGAUUUCCUAUCUGAAUUAGAAUUCCUCAAUGCAGGUUUUGAAAGUUCAAACACAUACGACAGUGGGCCUUCUGUUGCAACAAAUUGUUCGUGGGAUUUUCACUUCCCAUCGAAUUUGAAAAAAAUUGUGUUGCGUGACUUUCCUAUGACAUCCAAUUCACUAUCAACAAUAGCAAAACUGCCCAACCUUGAAGAGCUGAUCCUUAUGAGAACAAUCAUGCAGGGGGGAGAAUGGAACAUGGGGGAGGAAGACACCUUUGAGAAUCUCAAAUAUUUGGGGUUGUGUGAAGUGACUCUUGCUAAGUGGAAGGUUGGAGAGGAAUCCUUUCCCGUGCUUGAGAAAUUACAACUGUGGGGAUGUCGUAUGCUUGAGGAGAUUCCGCCUAGUUUCGGCGAUAUUUGUUCAUUGAAAAUCAUCCAACUUGCAGAGAGCCCUCAACUUGACGAUUCUGCACUGAAGAUUAAACAAUAUGCUGAAGAUAUGAUGGGAGGGGACGAUCUUAAGGUCGAAAUAUAUUGAGCACCAACUGAACAGGUUCUUCUCCAUUCUGAUUCUUGUAGUGGCAAUUGCCGCAGUGUAAAAAGAAAGCAUCAAAUCUAGCUAUCUUUGUAAAUCAGCAGUGCUUGAGUAACUAUAUAGUUAUAGGUUUUUUUUCCUUGAAUAUUUGGGUCUUCUGUUUAGUUCUUUAUCGUAUAAUUAAACUACUCUUUUUGUAUUUUUGUUUGUAAAUUAACAUUGUGGUAUAACGUUUUGUAAGCACCAUUUGAUGUUUGAACUUGCCCAAUAUCUCGAAAAUGACUUGCUUUUAUA